ACUACUACUACUACUACUACACUUGGUUUCUGGUAGUAGUGUUUUUUGUUACGCACACACCAAAACGGCUCUCUCGCAGCCCAAAAGCUUCGCCGUUUCGGUUCGCGCUUUAGGGUUUCGCGAAAUGUCGUACGAAUCCGCUACUUCUUCUUCUUCGCUGUUCGCUCUCUCCAAUUCCAAUUCCCCUCCGCGCUCUUCACUAACCAUGCAUUGAUAUUCGUCUUCCUCUUCUCCUCUUCGGUGGUGGCAGUUCUGGUAUGGAAGUGUAUGAUGUUUCUGAAACUAGAAACCAUGAUGCAGACAUGAUUGAAGGUGCUGAUUUAAAUUCACACUUCACGAGCCCAAAUAUUGAACGAACUGAGGUCAUGAUUAACGAAGGAGCCCCUGAGUUUUUUGUUGACCAGAACUUGUAUUACCCUGCUGCCACCAAUUAUGGGUAUUACUGCUCAGGAUUUGGAACACCCGGGGAACAGGAGGACCAGCAUAGGAUUUUUGGUGUAGAUGGUCCCAAUAUUCAGUUCACGGGUGCACAAAAUGAAAGUUUUCCGUAUGUAUAUUAUAGCUAUGGAUAUGCACAGUCUCCAUACAAUCCAUACAAUCCUUACAUUCCUGGUGCUAUGAUUGGAGCUGAUGGCUCAUUUGGAGGAGGACAACAUUAUUAUACCCUCCCCAAUUAUCAAAGUCCAGUUUCUGCACCUGGUUAUAUUCCCCUUGUUCAACCUGACAAUUUUUCUGAUAGUUCUGCGGAUUCCUUUUUUGGAGCCAGUGCUUCUGUCAGUAAACCUGAUGGAAGAGGUUUGAAACCUAAGUUCAAUUCAGCUUCUGGUAACUUUUCUAGGAACUCUUCAAUUUUUUUAUCGAAUCAGACAAGUUCCUUGGCCAGGGCAUCAGAAAGGCCGAGAGCUAAUGAUGGGAGGAAGCAAGGUUUGACACAUGCAAGUGUUUCUGGGAGUAGUUUUCUCAAUUUAGCUUCACCAGCUGUUCAUCAGUCUGCAGUUGCUAAACUUAGGCCGAAGCUUCACAUUGGCAAAGCAGUGCCAAAUGGUGGAAAUGGGAGCUCUGAUGUAUUGGGUGAGCAAAAUCGAGGCCCUAGAGUUGGUAGAUCAAAACAUCAGCUGUCUGUGAAAGCCUAUACAACCAUGGCAGGAGAUGGUAAUGAACAGGGAAACAUUGUCAUUUAUCCUGAUCAAUAUAAUAUGGAGGACUUUCCCCUUGGCUAUGAAAAUGCCAAGUUUUUUGUUAUAAAAUCAUAUAGUGAGGAUGAUGUGCACAAAAGCAUUAAAUAUAAUGUGUGGUCGUCAACACCUCAUGGAAACAAGAAGUUGGAGAAUGCUUAUGAGGAUGCAAAGAAAAUAGCAGCUGAAAAGUCUGAAGUGUGCCCUAUUUUCCUAUUGUUUUCUGUUAAUGCAAGUGGACAGUUCUGUGGGGUUGCAGAGAUGGUUGGUACAGUUGACUUUAGCAAGAAUAUGGACUUUUGGCAGCAAGAUAAAUGGAGUGGAAGCUUUCCUGUGAAGUGGCACAUUAUAAAAGAUGUACCAAAUCCAAAUUUUAGGCACAUUAUACUGGAGAACAAUGAAAAUAAGCCAGUAACUAAUAGCAGAGACGCACAAGAGAUAAUGUAUUUGAAAGGUUUGGAAAUGCUGAAAAUAUUCAAAAAUCAUACAUUGAAGACAUCUUUGCUUGAUGACUUUAUGUACUAUGAAAACCGUCAAAAGAUCAUGCAGGAUGAGAAAGCCAAGUUUCUAGUCAAGAGUUUUGAUAGUCCAAUAUUUGUACCAGUAUUAGAAGCUCCCCAAAAGUUGAAUUUUUUUGUUGAUGUACCAACAGACAAUUAUGAGAAGAAUUUGAAGCCCAAGGAUGAUUCUGAUGGCUUGAAACAUAUUUCAUUUUCAAGUCCUGAGCAGAUUGUUGGUAAUUCUGAUGUCACUGGCAUCAAGCAUGCGCAUGAUGAAAAAGAUGAGAAAAUUGCUGUUGAUAAAGAACAUAUUUCUUCUAUCUUAAAGAUUGGUUCAGUCACUAUUGCCCCCAAACAAGUUGAGGCUAAGCAAUCCGUCAGCAAUGGUAAUAAAGAACCAGUUGAUGUUCUUACAGUAGGCUCAAUGCAGGUCAAAGUUAAUGGGUUUCCUUCGUCUUCUGGUUUCUUGAAGGUUGGCAGUACCCCAUUUGAUGCAAGAGCAUUACAACCGGGAAAAGGAGAUGCUGCCGUUAAAAGUGGAUCACAACGUUAAAUUUUGCUUUGCUUUGCAUUUGAGGCACAUCUGAUUUUAGUCUUCUUUUGGUAGAUGGAUUAAUUGUUUGCCCAAUUGUAUUAAACUGUUGGGAAGUUGAGCUUCUUUUUGAUCUUUUUGUUUUCAUUUACUAAUGAUGCUUUGGUACAAGGCUGUUAUAUCGUGGGUGUUUGAGCAGUGUUGACAUCUAAAGCUUCUAUUGGAUAGUUUAACCCUUAUUUUUUUUUGUUGCUUUUCGCCUGUUGUUGGUCAACAUGAAAGGGGUGAGUCUGUUCAUCCAAUUUAUGUCGAGAAAUUUGUUUUAACUUCUUGCCACAUUCGUUGAGUGAGUCAUUGUUAUAUUAACAAGAUCGCAUUUCUAUUCUGUUGGUUUGAAUGUAUUUCAUUCUGAUUUGGUUUAGGACGGGAAAAUGUAAGAAAUGAUUAAACGAGCCUUUUAAGAUUACAGUAUA